CAACAAACAUGUCGCCGUUUAGACGUAUUUUAAUUCUUUCAUUGGUUUUUGCUACUUAUCAAACUGCUAAAUUGGAAGGUGAACCAGACCCAGCCCCUCCUGAACCUGACCGGACUUCGAGUUUUAGCCGUCUAAGUGGUUCCUUUUUAGUGAAAAUAAGUAUGGAAAAAGCAGAGUGUGUGAAUGAUAAAUAUAAAGCAGAAAACAAAUCAGCAGCAUCCAUACCUGAGAUACUUCCAAGUGCUCCCGGUCUGAAACGUCCAGAAGCGAGAUCAGAAAUUAAGGGAGCUACAAAAGAAAAUCCAGCUAUAUCUUGUUACGAUAUCGAAGAAACCCGAAUCAGUUACAUCAACAGCUCUAUAUCGGAUCUGCCUAUUAAAGUACGUUGUGAUGUUGACAAGAUGUCCACUUGUCUUAUCGUUCGCAAUAAAAUAGCGGAAAGUGCUAUAGACAGCUCGGCAAUCACCUUAGGUGAAGAACUUUGGCUGAGUCAAACUACUUUCGAUGCACAAUCACUUUACAAUAAAAUUGAAGGAAUCACUGGUACGGGUAAUCCACAAAUAUCGCAUCUUUUAUCGACAUCAGUUCGAGUAUCUCAAAGAAUAAGAUACUAUUAUAGUGCUAUUAAUGGUGAUGGUGUUCCUUAUAAUAUAACAACUGCCGAUGAUACGAAAGUGAAAUCCUUAAAGGCUUUAUUGUGGAAUGACCAUUUGGUCGGUUUUGAAAUUACAAAAAAAAUGCCCAUGAAAUUCACAGUUAGUGGUGAACCUAAACCAUGUUGGGCUGAAAAAAAAGAAUGGAUGUGCAUCGACAUAAUAUUUGAAACUAACUCAAACAAUCGGUUACCAGUAAAGGAUUUUUACAUAGAAGAGGUACGAAUAAAAUCACCUGGCGUUCCUGAGCCUGGAGUUCCAGACACUAGCGCUCCUCUGCCAUCAAAGGGCGCUUCAAUCCAAAAACUUUAUUUUGAACUUACUGAUUUAUGUUUUUUUUUACACAAUAAAUAAGUGAUUAUACCUA